AUGGGCUCUUUGCCGUCAACAAAGGCCAAUGUGCUCCUUGUGGGCUCUGGCGGCGUCGGCACCAUGGGUGCAUACGCCCUCGAGAAAGGAGGCAAGGCUUCAGUCACUGCGAUCUUGCGGUCAAACUUUUCUGCCGUAGAGAAGGGCGGCUUUCAGAUUGACUCUUUAGAUCACGGCAUCGUUAGCAACUGGAAGCCCUCAACCAUCCGCAACACCGUCCCAGACGUGGCGGCAGAGAGCUUGCCGCCAUAUGACUUCAUUGUCGUGACCACCAAGAACAUCGCAGACGUCCACCCUACCGUGGCGGAGAUCAUUGCGCCGGCCGUCACACCGGGCCACACGGCCAUCGCGCUGGUGCAGAACGGCCUGAACAUCGAGAAGCCUCUCGUAGCAGCCUUCCCCCAGAACCCCAUUAUCUCCGGCAUCAGUCUCAUCGGCGCCACUGAAGGCCCUCACGGCACGAUCAAGCACGACGACCACGAUGUGCUGAUCGUCGGCGCGUUCACUAACCCCAAUAUUCCCAAGGAGACCUCUGAGGAGGCCGCGAAGAAGUUCGUCGAGAUCUACAACUGCCCCGGCGUCGAGUGUACAUACGAGCCGGACGUGCUCUUCAGCCGGUGGCGGAAGCUGCUGUAUAAUGCCAGCUUCAACAGUGUCGCAACCGUCCUGCGCAUGGACACGACGAGGAUGCGCAUCAGUGAGCAUGUCAUUGACAACUUGAUACGGCCGGUCAUUCUAGAAAUCAUGGCCACGGCCAAGGCGGCCGGUGUGAACCUGCCGGAAGAGCUGGUUGAAAAAUUCAUCACCAUUGAUCCAUUCGAGGCGUUCUUCAAGCCGAGUAUGUGUCAAGACAUCAUAAAGGGAAAUUAUAUUGAGUACGAGAAUAUUGUUGGCGAGCCAUUAAGAGAAGCAGAGAGACUCGGUGUGCCCACGCCGACUUUAAGAGUGAUUUACGGGUUCUGCAAGGGCCUGCAAUGGCAGACAAUGGAAGCUAAGGGGCUCAUCACUGUCCCCAAGACGAGCUCACCGGACAUGAAGUACGGCGAGAAAUAG